UUAUUCGAUACUUGAAAUAUGAAGACUGUUGCCCCAACAAAUUACGUCAGGUUGGUUGAAUCUACUCACGGAUAUAUCAUUUACACAUUAUCAGAAUUCAGUUGUUGUUAAGCUGCCUAAUAGAAAAGAUUGAGAAUGAGCUGUCCUCUAAGAUGCCCGGAUGGCCAAGAUUACAGUCAGUUGGGGGCUGAAGAGGGAAUGAUCUAUGGAGAAUAUUUGAUGCUCGAUAAAAUUCUAAAUGCUCAAAGAAUGCUAAGCUCCCAGAGUGACAAGCCUGUUCACGAUGAACACCUCUUCAUUGUUACCCAUCAAGCUUACGAGUUAUGGUUCAAACAGAUUAUUUUCGAAUUGGACUCGAUCAGAAAAUUGUUCACAAUGGAUUCUUUGGAGGAAACACAAACCCUGGAAAUUCUCAAGAGAUUGCAGAGAGUAGUAUUGAUAUUGAAGGUUCUGGUUGAUCAAGUUAUGAUACUCGAGACCAUGACACCAUUAGAUUUUAUGGAAUUUAGGGAUUAUUUGAGACCGGCUUCAGGUUUCCAGAGUUUGCAGUUCAGGUUACUCGAAAAUAAGCUAGGAGUGAGGAAAGAACAUAGAGUUAAAUAUAACCAAGACUACAACACAGUGUUUGGAAAUGAUGAAAACGCAAAAGAAUUGAUUGGAAAAUCGGAAAAAGAACCUGCUCUUUCAGAUUUAGUGCAGAGAUGGUUGGAGAGAACUCCUGGAUUAGAACUCGAUGGUUUUAACUUUUGGGGAAAGUACAGGGAAGCCGUAGAACGUCUACUGAAAACAGAUAGAGCAGCAGCAGAGGAAGAAGACAAUGAGAGGAUACGAACAUAUAAACUGAAAGAUUUAGAGCAACGCCAAGAAAUCUAUGAGUCUAUUUUCGAUCCAUGUGUACAUGAAGCCUUGAUCAAGAGAGGAGAGAGGAGAUUUUCCCAUAAGGCGUUACAAGGUGCAAUUAUGAUAACUUUCUACAGAGAUGAGCCUAGAUUCAGCCAGCCUCAUCAGAUUUUGACUUUGCUCAUGGAUAUAGAUUCACUCAUUACAAAAUGGAGAUACAAUCAUGUUCUAAUGGUGCAAAGGAUGAUAGGAUCAACACAAUUAGGAACAGGAGGAUCAUCAGGUUAUCAAUAUUUACGAUCAACAUUAAGUGAUCGAUAUAAAGUUUUUGUGGACCUCUUCAAUUUGUCCACUUUCUUGAUUCCACGGUCUUAUAUUCCUCCACUAACCAACGACAUGAGGAGUAAAUUGUGUCUCAUCUGGGGAGGUGUUAAUCCAUUGACCAACGGUAAUGUUGAGAAGAAAGAAUAACUGUUUGGAUGUUUUUUGUGUGAAGUUUGCAGAUAUUUUCAUUGUAUAUUAUUGAUCAGGAAUGUGGUUAAUAAACUUUUUUGUCUGAAUAAUUAA